UGAAUGCAAGUGCUAGCAUGCGCCUGAUCUAAUGGCCAAAGAGUGGCCACAACCUCUUCAUAUUAUCAUCACACUCACACACACACACACACACACACACACACACACGAGUCAGUCCACAUGCUCUUCCUCCUCAGCUAUCACAAUCACUCAAUAAUACUUCUUCUUUCUUUUGUUCUCUUCCUCUUGGCACCGAACCUUCCUCUCCUUCCUCUCCUUCUCCCUCCAGGCCAUCUCCAUCAUUAUUCUUUCAUCUUCUCCAGCCCAUACUUCAACCAUCUUUUGUUCUCUUGCCUGGCAAAUGAUCCUCUGAGAGAUGCUUCUUUCUAACAGCACCAACAACAGUGGUUGUCCCAAUGCAAAUAUGGAGAAGAAUGCAAAAGAACACACAUCAUCCAUGGCGGCGCUCAAAUGUCCUCGUUGCAACUCUUCAAACACCAAGUUCUGUUAUUAUAACAACUAUAGUCUUUCUCAGCCUCGCCACUUUUGCAAAGCUUGUAAGCGUUACUGGACUCGUGGUGGCACUCUCCGCAACGUUCCCAUCGGCGGUGGCUGUCGUAAGAACAAGCGUCUCAAGAAACCUACUACUAGUAUUACUACUCAUCCUUCAUCAUCAUCUACUUCUUCGGCUCUUCUUUCUUGUCACCCUCCUCCUCCACCACCACCACCACCUCCUCCAUCUGCUCCACAACCUCAACUGGAUGGGUUCAAUCUUGGAUACCCUUCGAAUGCUCCCACCAAUCAUGAUCAGCAACAACACCUCUUUGAUCCUCUUCUUGGAUCCUCUUUGUCCACUGCUACAGCUGCUUCUCUUUUUGCUUUCAAGCAUUAAACAGCAGCAGCAGCAACAGCAGCAAACUAUGAUGCUUUCUUGUGAUAAUCUGCAGAGUGCUCAUGAGGAUGGAAAUCUUGGUUUAGGUUUUGUCAAACAAGUCAAGAUGGAAGCAGAUCAUCCACAUCACCACCAUCAUCAUCAUCAUGCAUGGAUGCAAGCUCCUUGUGGGAAUCUUUUUGAAACCAUGCCUGCAGCUAACACAACAGUUGUUGAUUCUCCAUCUGCUAACUUGUUUUGGAGUUGGAAUCAAUCUAUUGGUCCUUUGAUCUAAGACCUUCCAUUAAAGGAGAGUAUAUAUAUAUAUAUAUAUAUGUUAGUUGGGGGAUUGAUUGGUUGGUGUUGGAUCGGAGAGAUCCUCUUGGCUGCAAAGUAAGGCUUCAAGUCCCCGUGUGGUUUUUAAAGUUCAUUGAGGAGCUUUGAGCAGUCUCUUUGCUCUGAGAGGAACCUCGGAUCCAUUUGUCUUUGCUGCUUCUUUUCUUUAUUUUCUUCUGCUCCAACUGCAUGCAACCUGAGAGAAUGAGAAAGAAAUCAUUGUGAAGUUGAAGCUUGAGAAGUCAGUAAGUACUUGGUUUUUCUUUUGUGUUUUUUGGUGUUGUUUUAUGUAUAUGCAUGCAUACCAAAACUUUUACUCUUGUGUUGGUUGGUUAAUUUUCAAGCUCUUGGAAUUGGUUGUAUUGGAUAUUAGUGAGAAAUCAACUUCUUCUUCUUCUCUUC